UCCGUAUUCACAUCGCUAGCAGACUUAGCAGCUGAUCAGCGAAAAUGGCGCUGUACGCGAAGGGUACCGUUCUAAAGAAAUCAUGGAUAGUUGCCUGCGAAAUGCAAGCUCGUUGUUUUCACAUCAGCCCUUUGGCAUUGGCAGCCCAAAAGGUAGCCAUGAGCAAACUGGAUGCUUCAAGUUAUCUUCCGCAUGCUCAGCUGCAAGAAAAGCUGGAAAUAGUUAAAAAUAGACUUAAGAGACCUAUGACUCUUUCUGAGAAAAUCUUGUAUUCCCAUCUCGAUGAUCCAUCAAAUCAAGAAAUUGUUCGUGGCCAAAGCUACCUUCGCCUCAGGCCAGACCGGGUUGCAAUGCAGGAUGCUACUGCUCAAAUGGCCAUGUUGCAGUUUAUUUCCUCUGGUCUGCCUCGUGUUGCUGUGCCAUCAACUAUCCACUGUGACCAUUUGAUUGAAGCUCAAAUUGGUGGAGCUCAAGAUUUAGCCCGCGCCAAGGAUAUCAACAAAGAAGUGUACAAUUUCCUUAGCACAGCUGGUGCCAAAUACGGUGUUGGUUUCUGGAAACCUGGCUCAGGAAUCAUUCACCAAAUCAUUUUGGAAAACUAUGCUUUUCCCGGUCUUCUUAUGAUUGGUACUGAUUCGCAUACUCCGAAUGGUGGUGGUUUGGGAGGCCUUUGCAUUGGUGUAGGCGGCGCUGAUGCCGUCGAUGUCAUGGCCAAUAUACCGUGGGAAUUGAAGUGUCCUAAGGUAAUUGGAGUUAAACUAACGGGAAAAUUGCAAGGCUGGACUUCUCCUAAAGAUGUUAUUCUAAAAGUCGCAGGAAUCCUCACAGUCAAAGGUGGCACUGGUGCAAUUGUGGAAUACUUCGGUCCAGGAGUUGAUUCCAUUUCCUGUACUGGCAUGGCUACUAUUUGUAACAUGGGUGCUGAAAUCGGAGCCACCACAUCUGUUUUCCCAUACAAUCAUCGUAUGCGGGAUUAUCUUGUUGCCACUGAACGAAAGGCAAUUGCAGAUGCCAUUGAUCCAUAUGGAAACGAUUUACUGCGCUCUGAUGAAGAUGCACCUUAUGAUCAAGUCAUUGAGCUUAAUUUGUCUGAACUUGAGCCACAUGUGAAUGGACCGUUCACCCCAGAUUUGGCGAAUCCUAUCUCGAAAUUAGGCGAAGAAGCCAAGAAGAAUAAUUGGCCACUUGAUGUCAAGGUUUCUCUAAUCGGCAGCUGCACCAAUUCGAGCUAUGAGGAUAUGGGCAGAUGUGCAAGUAUUGCGCGAGAGGCACUUAAGCACGGAUUAAAAGCCAAAUCCGCCUUCAAUAUUACUCCAGGAUCGGAACAGAUCCGUGCCACUAUCGAGCGUGACGGUAUCGCUGAGACGCUACGACAGUUUGGUGGCACUGUGCUUGCCAACGCUUGUGGUCCUUGCAUUGGUCAGUGGGAUCGCAAAGACGUUAAGAAGGGCGAAAAGAACACGAUUGUCACAUCCUACAACCGCAACUUCACAGCCCGUAACGAUGCCAACCCCGCAACACAUGCCUUUGUUACAUCACCCGAACUAACAACGGCACUGGCACUUGCUGGUACCUUGGAUUUUGACCCAAGAACUUCGAAACUCAAGGGCGCCAACGGAGAAGAAUUUUUACUGAGUGAUCCGUAUGCUGAUGAGUUGCCUGCUCGCGGGUUCGAUGCUGGACAGGAAACCUAUCAAGCCCCAGGAGAUCCCACUUUAGUUAAGGUUGAUGUAGACCCUAAGUCACAACGUCUCCAAUUGCUGGAACCAUUUCCAAAAUGGGACGGCAAAGACCUAGAAAAGAUGGUAGUACUGAUUAAAGUGAAGGGUAAAUGCACCACAGACCAUAUUUCAGCAGCUGGUCCUUGGCUCAAGUAUCGCGGUCAUCUCGACAAUAUUUCCAACAACAUGCUGAUUACGGCCAUAAAUUCAGAAAACGGAGAAAUGAACAAGGUUAGAAACCAAUUAACCAACGAAUUUGGCGCUGUGCCCGAAACAGCUCGUUUCUACAAGUCGAAGGGAGUCAACUGGGUAGUUGUUGGAGACGAUAACUACGGUGAAGGAUCUAGUCGAGAACAUGCCGCUCUCGAACCCCGCCAUCUGGGAGGCAGAGCUAUUAUUGUUAAAUCUUUUGCUCGCAUUCAUGAAACAAACCUUAAGAAGCAAGGAAUGCUCCCACUAACUUUCGCGGAUGCUGCUGAUUAUGAUCGCAUUCAACCAUCCGAUCGUCUUUCGCUUCUGGGACUAGCUGAAUUGACACCAGGAAAGCAAGUUAAAUGCCAAAUUCAUCAUGCCAAUGGGUCAUCCGAAACCAUUCACCUUAACCAGAGUAUGAAUCAGCAGCAAAUCGAAUGGUUUAAAGCAGGCAGUGCUCUAAAUAGAAUGAAGGAAGUUGCUGCUAGCAAGUAAAGUAGCAAGUAAGUAAGCUGGACCUUUUUCCUAGUGAUGACGUUUUAAUUACGACGGCAAAGCUGCGUUUAUUGUAUGUAAUUUAAAAAUAGUCUGGCAAAUAGAAACCAAUUUAUACCAUA